CUUCACCGUUGCGGAAUUUCGGCUUCUUGUGAAAAGCCAGAAGUCUGGACUUGAUGGACACUUAUUAGGACACAUUUUCCGCCAAUAUAGGAUUAAUGAGUGUCCAUGCUACGGUUGCGUGGAUUAAUCUGACCCGUCAGUUCAAGCCAUCAGAUUGUUUUCUUAGAUCUUGUACAAUUGCAGGGAAUCAGCAACUGCUUCUGCAGCCAACAUUAUGCAGAUUCAUCUUCACCCAUCGUCGGCUAUACACCAGCGGUUCACAGACAUAUUUAUCUCCCGAGCUUCUCAAGAUCAUGGAGCAAAAGCUAUCAGCUAUUGAACAUAGGCAUACUUAUCUUCAGGCACUAUUGAACCAGACAGAAGCUACCCUUGAACAAUAUUCAACAGCCAAGAAGGAGCUGGGAAUGCUGAGAGGUUCAAUAGAUCUUAUAAAUGAGCUCAGAUCUAAACAAAAGGAGAUUGAGAGUGUAAAGUCAUUAAUUGACGAAAGUCUAGAGGACAAUGAAAUUGUAAAAUUGGCAAAUGAUGAACUGGAUCAGCUAACAGAAGAAGAGAAAAGAGUUCAGAAUGAUCUCCUAAAGUUCUUGCUUCCCAAAGAUGAUUCUGAUGAAAGGGACUGUAUUCUGGAGGUGAGAGCAGGUACGGGAGGUGAAGAGGCAUCUUUGUUUGCAAUGGACUUAUUUAUGAUGUACGAGAAAUACUCCCAGAGGAAAGGCUGGCAGUUUGAUGCGGUUAAUAUAAUGAAAUCGGAUCUUAAAGGAUUUAAGGAAGCAAGUGCAUUGAUCUCGGGAGCUGAUGUUUAUGGGAAACUUAAAUUUGAGAGUGGAAUUCACAGGGUGCAGCGAGUACCUGUGACCGAGAAGUCUGGUCGCAUCCACACUAGUGCUGUCUCUGUUGCUAUUCUUCCUCAGGCUGAUGAGGUAGAUGUCAGGUUGAGGAAUGAAGAUUUGAGAAUUGACACCUAUCGAUCUGGUGGUUCUGGUGGCCAGCAUGCAAACACUACUAAUAGUGCUGUUAGAAUAACACAUAUCCCAUCAGGGAUGACGGUCGCAAUACAAGAUGAACGGUCUCAACAUAUGAACAAAGCAAAGGCAAUUAAGGUACUUUGUGGGAAACUAUAUGCGUUGGAGAGGUCUAGGAUUCUGACAAGUAGGUCGAAACUCCGGAUGGAGCAGAUUGGAAGUGGGGACAGAUCAGAACGUAUCAGAACCUAUAACUUUACACAAGGGCGUGUCACUGAUCACCGAGUUAGUAUUACUUCACAUUCCAUAGAUGGUAUGAUGUUGGGAGAGAGUCUAGAUAUCUUCACCGAUGCCCUCCUUUUGAAGCAAGAAAUGGAUGCAAUUGCGUCUUUCUGUUAGCUUCAUAUUUUCUCACUAUCUUUCUUGACCAAGAAGACGGAGCAAUAAAAUGAGAAGAUGUUUUCUUGGGUUGGGUACCCUUUGUUCAUUUAAUUAAGCACUCUUUAAGUUGGGUACACCUGUUCAUUUAGUUAAGCACUCUUUAUUAUGCGUAGAAAAAACGAACCUCAAAACUCAAUCAA